CGCCUGCUGUGGGGAUAUUUGUAGCACUUUGUGGGCAGACGGAUGGACAUGCACAGGGACUUGAGCAGGUGAACUAAACCUGGGAAAGGGUGAGUGUGUGAGGACAGGGCUGUGAUUGAGAAGCUGCGUUGGUCCAUGAGCAAGGACUCAGGUGUGUAGGUGCGAUGGAGAGAGAGUGUUUGCACAGAUGCACAAAAGCGUGAGUGAGUAUAUUUUUGCCUGUGUAUACCUGGUUAUGUAAAUGACUGUUUGUCUUUCCGUUUGUUUUGGCUGAAGGAAUGUUCCUCUUUGACUUCCUUUGCGCGAGCCCUUCAGUGGGGCAUGAACGGACAGAAACUAAUGGGUCUUCUCGGUUAUGUGUUUGUCAUUUUGACACUUCUGGCAAAACCCCUUUUUGCCAGAAGACAAAAAAAUCUUAUUCAAAGUGACAGAGAAAGGCAAAAAGAGAUGCAUGAGCGUGCAGGCGCCUUUACCGACAACGCUGGAAUUCAAUUGAUGCUCAUGUGCACCGGCGUUUUACCAUUACACACAUGCAAACACCACGCACAAGCAGAGAAUAUCACACACAUGGCUUGUUCUCUACCUGCCUCUUAUUAUAUCUGAGAUCCACUCAUAUCCGUACACUCUCUCCCACACACUCACCUCACAGCUCUUUCUCUUUGUAUGUGUGUGUGUGUGCGUGCGUGUGUGUGUGUGUGUGUGUGUGUGUGUGUGUGUGUGUGUGUGUGUUUGUGUGUGCGUGCGUGUGCGUGUAUUUCAAUGGAGCAGCACGCUAUGAACUUGAGAGGGAGCCAGCGUAUUGGGAUGCUCAGGCGAGAGCGACACUGGAUGCUGCGCUGAAGCUCCACCCUCGGAAUCAUCAGACCAAGAACAUCAUCCUGUUCCUGGGCGACGGGAUGGGCGUGUCCACUGUGACGGCAGCGCGGAUCCUUCGAGGGCAGAUGGAGGGCGGAUCGGGGGAGGAGACGAUGCUGGCCAUGGACACCUUCCCAUAUGUGGCCUUGUCUAAGACCUACAGUGUAGAUAAGCAGGUCGCCGACAGCGCGAGCACGGCCACAGCCUACCACUGCGGCGUGAAGGCCAACGCCAAGACUGUGGGACUCAGCGCUAAUGCGGUGGCCUACGAGUGCAACACCACCUUCGGCAAUGAGGUCUACUCGGUAUUACGACGGGCAAAGGCACAGGGUAAAUCCGUCGGUAUAGUCACCACCACCCGUGUCCAGCACGCCUCGCCGGCCGCUGCCUACGCUCACUCUGUCAGCCGCAGCUGGUACAGUGACGCCGACCUCCCUUACAGCGCUCGCCGACAGGGCUGUGUGGACAUCGCCACGCAAAUGGUCACCAACGUUGACAUUGAUGUGAUUCUGGGCGGAGGGAGGAUGUACAUGACACCGAAGGGAACCCCGGACCCGGAGUAUCCUACCUCCAACUCUAGAAAGGGGGACCGCAAAGACAAGAGGAACCUCAUAGACGUGUGGCUGAAGGCUAAGCCAAACAAGAGGUCGCACUACGUUUGGCACAGGAAGGAGUUUGACGAGAUUAACGCUGAAACUACAGAUCGGCUCAUGGGUCUGUUCGAGCCGAAGGACAUGAGAUUUGAGGUUUUCCGGAACAGCACACGAGACCCCUCCAUCGUGGAGAUGACGGAGAAGGCCAUACAAAUCCUCAGCAAGAAUCCCAAAGGGUACUUCCUUUUCGUGGAAGGAGGGAGAAUUGAUCACGGUCAUCAUGACGGCAUUGCGAAGCUGGCCCUGACAGAGGCAGUGAUGUUCGACCAAGCCAUUCAUCGCGCCUCACAGCUGACCAGAGAAUCUGAUACACUGACUGUGGUUACCGCCGACCACUCCCAUGUCUUCACCUUCGGUGGCAACACGCCUCGGGGAAAUCCCAUCUUUGGUCUGGCACCAAAGAGAGCAGACGACAAAAUGCCUUUCACCAGCAUCCUUUACGCCAACGGCCCCGGUUAUGUCCAUGUAAAUGGGACCAGAGGAAACAUCACAAUGGUGGAUUACUAUGAUGAAGAGUACAUGCAGCAGGCCGCCGUCCCUUUGGACUCUGAGACACAUGGCGGAGAGGAUGUAACCAUCUACGCCAAAGGCCCAAUGGCUCACCUAUUCCACGGGGUGAAGGAGCAAAACUACGUUGCCCAUGUCAUGGCCUAUGCCGCCUGUUUGGAGCCCUACACGAACUGUCCUCCUCACCCCCACAACCACACCUCCGCCGGGUGUGUGAACGCACCCUUGAGUUUCCUGUUUGGCUUACUGGGCCUCAUCUGGUUUUUCAGAUGACCCUUAAAUACACACAUGUCAAAACAAACACACGUUGUAGGCAGGCAGCAAUACACAGUGCACUAAACAUCCAUACACAAACACAUUUUGCUGUAGACACUCAGGCUGGCAGGGAUAAAUACUUGCAGUAUAGCACUGUAUGUCAAAACUGAAAAAUACAUAGGCCUACUCCCUACACAUCUAAACACAUGUGUAACCUACCAAACAUACAAACUACAGGCUUAAACAUGCAGGUAGCAUCUCAUUCAAAAUGCACACUGACAGGUAGACAUUGUAGGUGAGAUUAACUUGCAAAGAUAUGAAAAUAAACUGAAAAUAUUAACAUGAAUGCACAUGCAAGUGGUUCUUCAAGAAAAGGUCUAUGCAACUGUGGAGCGACUGCAGAACCAUCAGCGCUCACAGUAUUCUACCUUCUCGAAUCGCAACAUGACUACUACCUUUCACUUGUUUUAUCUUGUUCCUAUUUUUCAGCAUGAUGUGCCUGCUCGGAACUGUCCAACUCUUGAGUGUAGCUGUAAUUCUCUAUUUACACAUUAAUCUUAGGCCUCACUCUGAAUAACUUGAAACAAACCAGCAGACUGAGGGCUCAGUGUCCAGCUCGUUGACAGCAGUUAGGAUAAACCUGAAUUGAGCUCCAUCAUCCCAUGCCAUGCCAAGCUGCGACACCAUCAGACCUUACAAGAACUCAUCAAGAUACUGAACCGCUCUCAGGAGGGGAAGACAUGUAGCUUUAAAAAAAAAAAAAUUUAGUUUGUAUCUUGACCUCAUUGGCUCCAAAGAGUAAAUCUGUUUUCUGUCAGAUCGUCUGCCUCUUGAUACAGGAUAUAAUCUAUUUGGAUUGUACAUGAAUGUAUUUUGUAUCCAAAUCUUGUCAAUGUAUUUUUAUACUGUUUCUUUUGCAAAUGUUAGUUAUAUAUAUAUAUAUAUGAAUAAAAAACAAUUUUUAUG